AUGGCUCUGGUUGAAUUUGAAUACAAUAAUAGUUACCAUUCUUCAAUACAAAUGGCACCGUAUGAAGCUCUCUAUGGAAGAAAGUGCCGAUCACCAAUAUUUUGGGAUGAAGUAGGAAAGAGAAGAGUUUUAGACCCAGUUGCAGUACCAUGGAUCGAGGAUGCGUAUGAGAAAUUGAAAGUGAUACGUCAGAGGCUUCAGACAGCGCAAAGUCGACAAAAGAGUUACGCUGAUAAUCGACGAAAGAACUUGGAGUUUGAGGUUGGGGACAAGGUAUUCCUGAAGGUUACGCCACUUCAAAGUCUCACGGCAGGAAAAGGAAAGAAGCGUCAUCCAAGAUACUAUCAUCCAGAUCCCACUCCUAUAUUGAAGCCAGAGGAAAUUGACAUUGAUUAA